CGUAAUGAGUUUGGGGAGCUCAGACAUGACUGGAAGUGCAUUGGGAACUGUCUUUUCCCUCCUGCUCCUUGCCUCUAAUAUACAAGGUCGCCAGGAUGUUGAAGUGUUCCAUAAUGAAAAGAUGGAGGCAGUAGAGGGCCAGGAUGUUACCUUACCCUGUACUGUAAAAAGCAGUGCUGAUAUCCAGAUUGUCGUUAUUGAAUGGAGUAAGAAUAGUAACAACAGCAACGAAAAGCUGGUUGUGUUUAAUCCAGUCUUCGGAGUCCACCAUUUUUGGCCUAAUGUCACCAUCCAAAUUGAGAACAAGUCAAUGGGCUCCAAUCUAAAACUUUCUGGGGUGACAAAAUGGGACAGUGGUAUCUAUAUUUGUGAACUUACAAUGUUUCCCAUGGGUGCCAUCAAGAGAGAAACAGAGCUAACAAUCAAAGAUGCUGGUGUUAAAUUAAUGUGUGAUAAGAAUAGCACAGUUGAGGUCCAUGCUGGAGGAAAUGUGACCAUUCACUGCACAGCGUCCCCUAAUGCAAAGUUCAAGUGGAUCAAGAACGAGGAGCUGGUGUCAAAGAAUGACUCUUUGGAGCUCUUGUGCGUGACUGAUGCUCACGCGGGGAUUUACACGCUGACUGUCGAAACAGGAAGCAAAGAUCAGCACACAGAGUUUAUCAUCACAGUGGUAACAGCAACCACAAGCUUAAGGACAGGUGAGCUUCAUUUUUUUUCUGCUAUUUUUCUCUUUGUGUCGUAUUCAAUUUCAGCAUUUCCUCAGGGCUGGAUUAACAAUCUAGCAGAGGGCCCAAGAGACUGAAUGACUUAAUAAACUGCACUGGACCAGGGAGCUGAUACUUGACUUUUGUUAUUAUAGUGCAGCUCACUCAAUUUUAAUUUUAAUUAGCUGAAAGGAAAGGGAGAGAUUCAAAGGAUUUUGAAGCUGCCAGCCAUGUUAUGAGAACAUACCAGUAACUGUGAAUAAAAUGAGAACUACAGAACUUUUAGAGUGAAACUCUCA